GGUCUGUUAUCCCGUUUUAUUCCUCUGUUUCGCUGGAUCAAACUUCGACUAUGGCAAAGCAGUGGUCGCAUGGAUUGUUUCAUUGCUUUGAUGACUCUGUUACGUGCCUUGUAACGUAUUUCUGCACCUGUUACACCGCUGGAAAGAACGCCGAGGCUGUGGGCGAUAGCUGUGUCUUGUGCGGUCUGGCCUCCUUUAUCCCUCUCGCCAACUUUUUCUUCAUGGCGCACAUCCGAUCCAAGAUUCGUGAGCAGAACGGAAUCGAGGGAACGUUCGUGAACGAUCUCAUCGCAACUUCCUGCUGUCUUGUGUGUAUGCUGGUUCAGUCCGCGCAAGAAGUCAAGGGAGGUCCUGGAGCCAUGUCUAUCGCUCGUUCCUGAUUUAGCCAGCUGAAAAUAUGGUUUCAUGAAUCCAGUAUUUCGUCAUAUCAAGUAACCAAAUUGCUUCUUUAUAGCCGUCGAGAAGAACUUGUUUAUUUUUCUUGUCUUAUGUUUGGAUUAUAAUCUUCUGACUCUGUGAUUUUAUUAUAUUCAUAAGGAACAGACUUUAGAGUUGCACGUGCACGGAACUGACAGAUAGAGAACUUCACAACUUUCAUCAGUUUUUGCUCGCUAAUACGUUAAAAUUGUGACCUGAUACCUCUAGCAAUUGUAAUCGGUGCAUAAAUGAUCUCUGACUGCUUGUAAACCCUAAUAAAGUGAUCCGUUGAAACCGU